AAAAACCACGUGCGAACUGCGAGCUGCACUUUGCGUGAAACAGCGAGAAAAAUCUGACAGCAGAUUUCAGGAGACAAGGAAACAAGUAGACAAGUGUCAUCUGUCAUCAUGGUGAACCAGGUUCAGCAAGGUGGCAGUAGUUGGCAGUCAACUAAGAACGACUCCAGUGGAGCCAGCAACAGUGGCGGAGAGAGCUCAAAGGACAGCUCCCGAUGUUCCACUCCAGUGCUGGACACGGAUCACUCAGGCAGACUGCGGGACAAGAUGCAACGCCGGAUUGAUUCUGGGGACUGCUGGUUCUCACUGGAAUUUUUUCCUCCUCACACAGCCAGCGGAGCGGUCAACCUCAUCUCAAGAUUUGACCGCAUGGCUUCUGGGGGCCCCCUGUUUAUUGACAUUACCUGGCACCCAGCAGGGGACCCAGCCUCAGACAAGGAAACCUCAUCCAUGAUCAUUGCAAGUACGGCAGUUAACUACUGUGGACUGGAGACUAUGCUCCACCUGACGUGCUGCCGGCAGACAAAACAGAAGAUUACCGAAUAUCUGGCCAAAGCGAAACACCUGGGAAUCAAGAACAUCCUGGCUCUGCGUGGAGACCCUGUGGGAGCAGACUGGGAAGAAGAGGAGGGUGCCUUUAACUAUGCCGGAGAGCUGGUUAAACACAUCCGGUCAGAGUUUGAUGACUACUUUGACAUCUGUGUUGCUGGUUACCCCACCGGUCACCCUGAGGCACAGAGUUAUGAGGAUGACCUCAGGCACCUGAAAGAGAAGGUUGAUUCUGGGGCAGAUUUCAUCAUCUCGCAGCUCUUCUUUAGAGCGGAUACGUUCCUCAAGUUUCUGAAAGACUGCAGGGAGAUCGGUAUCACGUGCCCCAUCCUGCCUGGGAUAUUUCCAGUUCAGGGUUACCAGUCUUUGCGCCAGUUAGUGAAGCUUUCCAAGUUGGAAAUACCUGAGGAGAUCACCAAAGUGAUUGAGCCCAUCAAAGACAAUGAUGCUGCUAUCCGCAACUAUGGGAUUCAGCUGGCAGUGGACAUGUGCCGCAUCCUGCUGGACAGUGGCGAUGUCCCUGGCCUCCACUUUUACACUCUGAACCGAGAGGUUGCCACCAUGGAAGUGCUUAGGCAGCUGGGCUUGUGGAUUGAAGAUCCCAGGCGGCGGCUUCCCUGGGCAAUGAGUGCCCAUCCCAAACGUAAGGUUGAGGAUGUUCGACCCAUUUUCUGGGCAACCAGGCCCAAGAGCUACAUUUACAGAACCCAGGAGUGGGAUGAGUUCCCAAAUGGCAGAUGGGGUAACUCCUCGUCACCGGCUUUUGGUGAGUUAAAUGACUACUACCUGUUCUACCUCAAGAGCAAAUCUUCCAAGGAGGCACUGCUACAGAUGUGGGGCGAGGAACUGAUGAACGAAGAGAGCGUCUAUGAAGUCUUCACAUGUUACAUCACUGCACAACCCAACCGAAGUGGACAGAAGGUUACGUGUUUGCCGUGGAAUGAUGAUCUUCUGGCACCAGAGACAAACCUGCUGAAAGACCAGCUGGAAAAGGUCAACAGACGCGGUGUUCUCACCAUCAACUCCCAGCCCAACAUUAACGGCAGGUCAUCCACAGACCCCGUUGUGGGCUGGGGACCUGCUGGAGGCUACAUCUUCCAGAAGGCUUAUCUGGAGUUCUUCACAUCCAGUGAAAAUGUCACCGCACUUCUGAAAGUGUUGAAAAAAUAUGAGCCUCGUGUCAACUACCACAUCGUUAACGUACAGGGUCGUAACCUGACGAAUGCCCCUGAGCUGCAGCCUAAUGCGGUGACGUGGGGAAUUUUCCCCGGCCGGGAGAUUGUUCAGCCAACGGUGGUGGACCCAGUUAGUUUUAUGUACUGGAAAGAUGAAGCCUUUGCCUUGUGGAUCGAGCAGUGGGCUAAACUCUAUGAAGAAGAAUCUCCGUCACGGAUGAUCAUCAAGUACAUCCAUGACAACUACUACCUGGUUAAUCUGGUGGACAACGACUUUCCUCUGGGAAAUUGCCUCUGGCAGGUUAUUGAUGACAUGUUUGAAGUGAUUGAUGCAACUGUCGAGCCCGUCAGCAAUGAAACGGAAUAAAUCCAUCUCAUCUGCAUGUGGGCAAGAAAAGCUCUUGACCAUUUGCAAAGUCAAAAUGAGCCUGGCAGGGCACCAGUCUGCGCUCAGCAACUGUUGUUCUGCCAGUGAUUUUACAGUCAGUGUCAAUAUUCAAGGAGAAUUGUGACAUCUUUGAACCUGGACUCAAAGUUAUAGAUUGUUUUGGGUUAAAUUUUCACUCAAACCUGAAACGACUCUCAUAGGUCCAGUAUUAAUAUUUUCUUUAAAACAUCAUGGACUAAAUGGCUAAAAUCCAGGGGCGUUACAUUUGGGGGGUGGCUGCUGUAAAAAGCUCUGCCCACUCAAUGAAAACUCAAGAUAAACUGUUUUACUCCUGUUUGCCAGCAAACAUGCUAUAUCCAUUGUGAUUGACAGGCGGAGGCAGACAUCCAUUCAGAGAGUGCUUACAUACGCUUCAUCUACUGUAUCUACACUACGUGUGAUUGGUGUAUUCCUUUUCCAGUCUAUUCUGAUGUGAAACUACCCAAUGGGCACUCUUAAAUUACUAGGGACCCUCCCAUUCUUAGUUCGACUGCCAUCUUCAUGCACGCUGCUCAUAUAGGACCCGUGCUUGUCUCUGGGACUUAAAAAGUCGCACAUAUCUUUUUUGUUUCUACUUCCACCGCUUAUUUUGUCAGUCUUGUUGUUUGAAAUAAUGUAAUUUGUGUAGUAGUUUGUCAUCUGUGUGUCAACUCGUGUGAGUGAGUCCAGGCAGCUAGCCUGGAGUUGCUAGUCACUUACUGGGUUGUUGCAACAAUAAUUCUGGAUCAUAAGCACAUUUCAUUAUUUUGAACAUCUGUAUCAUAAGCGCUUCAACCUUUUGCCAAAUUAUGCCAAUAGAAAUGCAUCGAUGGCUAAUUAAAAACAAGGAACUCCCUAAAUGCCGUCUCUAC